AUGCCGCCGUUUCGGGAUGAUCAAAUACUCGUACAUACGCCUCGCCGCGAGAAUUUUGAUCCACUUCGCUGACUCCGCAUUCUAGAUCAUUGCCCCUGGCUCUCAAACGACUCUUGCACAACUAGGAUUGCCUGAAUCCUUCACGCCCGCACGAUAUCGAUUACGGUCGCGCAUGUUCCCAGCCCAAGAAGAAGGACGCUACGAACCUGUCAAGAUACGGCGAAAAGAUAAGCAAACCACCAGGCAACAAGAUGGAGCAGUGAUAAAUGGCGAGCAUUCAGCUGAGGAGGAAUGGGAAGAGGAUCGCAUAUCGGAGGAAGGCGCGAUCUGGCCAAUUCAGAAAGGAAGCAUUGUUGACUGGCCAUGUUUUUACGCUCUUAUGGACCAUGUCUACAACACAAUCAAUCCGCCAUUUCAUACCCCAAUACUGCUCAUUGGGGAGCCGGUAUGGACACAUAAAGAAUACGAGAAAGUGUGCCAGUUCUUCUUCGAGAAGUUUAAAACCCCGGCAUUGACGAUCAUGGACUCUGCAUUGGCGGCCACUUAUGCAUAUGGCAUUCCCAAUGCAACUGUGGUGGACGUAGGAUUGCAGAAGGCAGACAUUACAUGCAUCGCAGACUUCAUGCUGCAAGAUCUUGGAAGAUCACUGGCGGUACCGCAGUGUGGAGGCGAGGCUAUGACGGAAAGACUGGUGGAACUGCUAAAGGGAAGGAAAGGCUUCAAUCGGGAUGUCUGCGAACAGUUGAAGAGGAGUGCCAUUUGCGAGGUUCUUGGUCCGGAUGAGAAGAUUCCAGAAGCAGAUGCCAUUGAAGGAGCAGGUAAUCCGGCCGCUGCAGCUUCUACGGGUGCAGAUGGAGUAGCUCCUGGCCAGAGCAAGGCUUCGAUAGCCGGUGAGCUACCACGAGGACCUGGACCUGGUACUCAAGUGGGAGAAGAGAAGACGUUGGAAAAUGAAGAGGGCGUGCUUGACAUCGCAAGCAUCGUAGCAGGCGGCAACAUGAGCGAAUAUCUAGCACAGAAGGAGCGCGAGAAACAAGAAAAAGCAGCGGCCAAGCAGCAGAAGAAGCCGGGCGACAAGCAACAGGAAGCAAAUCGUCCUGCACGGAUACAAAAUGUUAAGCGCAAUCGGAAUACGUUCAUUUACGAGGACUUCGCUCUGCACGAUGCCAUGAAGCAAGCUGGCAUGUCGUCUCAAGCCAUGACCGACAUGCAGUCUUCCAUGGACGAUGGCCCAACCAAGGAGCCGCAGUCUGCCGUUUCGGACAAGCCUGCAGACGAAGGAUUUGAGCAACAAGAAGUCACGACAGAUACUUCUCCAACAGGUGGAUUCAGACGAGAGAUCGAGGUUGGUCCUGAGCGAUUCCAGGCGGCGUCUGGCGGGAUAUUGGACCGACUUGCGGAUGCCAUCCACAGGACUGUGCAGUCUUGCGGCGAGAUCGGCAAACGCAGCGAGCUAUGGGACAACCUGAUCAUUCUCGGUAACGGAUCUAAAGUACGAGGGUUUAAAGAGGCCCUGCUCGCAAACCUGCAAGCGAAAUACAUCAUAUCUCCUUCAUCUGCGACGAUUUUCACCUCGGAGCUGCCGUCAAGUAUGUCGACGCCCAUGGCCACAGGUACCAACACACCGCAACCACAGUUACCUGGUCAGCAGCACAGCUCAAGCGUCAAUCCGCUAUUACAUGCUGCGCUCACUGCGCAACAUCCGCAGCUGCAGCCUGGAUCCUCAAAUAUGGGCCAGAUGCAGCAUCAACAUAUGCAUUCGUCGCAUGGACAGACUCCCACCAGCAUCAAGCUUGCCAAAAUUCCCGAGUACUUUCCAGAGUGGAAAGAGGCGGGCUACGAUGAGGCGGCCUUCCUUGGCGCACAGGUGGCUGGUAAGCUGUUAUUCGUUGUGGACGGCGGUGCGAGCAAAGGAUACAUGACGAGGACGGAUUACAACGACCAAGGACCUUCUGGGAUUCACGAGGUGCGUAUAAGAUAA